AAAUGCCUUUAAAAAAAGACUUGCGACUUCUGUUGAAGCCCUAUUAUUUUAUAAACAUUUUACUCAGUCUCUCAUAUAUUGUCUCCAAACGUGUUCCAUUUGUGUGUAACUAUGUAUUUGCACAAGCUGAGUGCGAACUUGAUGGGAGAGAGACAGAGAUUCUGUUUUUUCUUAUGAUAGUCAUAAUGAUAAGGACAAGGAAGACUGGAAGUGUAACUAUGAUAAGCUACUUAUCAUCCAGUUUUGUAUAUACUAAAGUUGCCAAUCUGAUUCUUUGGUUUUAUGCAGAUAUACGUAUGGGAAUAAUAUUUGCUAUUGUAUUCAUCUUAUGCGGUCUAGUAUUUCCUGAACCAACAUACCAAGGUCCAGAGAAAAUAACGUAUUUACGAGGUGCAGUUGGAUUGCAGGAGGAAUUGCACCGUGACACGAGAAUCGUUUGGUUAGUUGCGUUUUACACAGCAUGGAACCCAGCUUGCGUCAACUUUGCACCUAUAUUCUCCGAGCUUUCUGCAGAAUAUGCUUUGGAAAAUUUGAAAUUCGGAAAAGUAGAUAUAGGGAGGUAUCCAGAUGCUGCAGUGAAGUACCACAUAAGUGAUGCUAGUACUAGCAAACAGCUUCCCACCUUAAUUUUAUUUAAGGAAGGGAAAGAGGUAGAAAGACGUCCAUAUGCAGAUCAUAAGGGCAAACUAGUUAAAUUUCUUUUUUCAUUGGAUAAUAUAAAGGCAGCUUUUGAUCUGAACAAUGUGUACAGAGAUUGUAAAAAAAAUCCGAUUAAAAGGAGAGAGAAGAAAGCAGUAAAAGCAGAAUGACCUAAUUAACAUUUCCAAACGUUUGUUGAAUUACUGAUGUCAUAGCACUGCCAACAAUUUCAAAUGAAAAUUACUUCUACUGUGUAGAAUAAUGGACGUUUAGUGUCACGCGCAAAUUUUCAUUUAUAGCAAAACUGCAAAAGAUUUGUAAAUAUUCAUUAUACUUUCUAUCAUUGUACGCAUUUUAUGCACCACUGUGUUCUAUUAGUGAAUAUCGGAUAUUAAUGUAGGUUUAAGAUAGUAAUUUAUUAAAAGCGAGUAGUUGUUAUUACAAUCAUUGAAAUGGAAUGAUACAUAAAGUGCCACGUGUAUGAAUUCAUGAAAAACCAAAGCAGAGCUUCUAGUUAAUCUAGAUAGUAUGCGACAUUACAGUUUCAUUGAAUAAACUAUUGUUGAAAUAUA